UUCUAAACAGAAGUAUAUUGCUGUACUUCUUGCAGCAUUAGCACCUCCUUCGUUUUGGUUCUACUCAACAAUGCACUGUCUCCCACGCCCUGACUGUCUGAAGCCAUGGCCCCUGAAAUCAAGCCAGAAAUCUUCUAAUUCUAACUCGUUACUGAAUAAAUCAACAUUUUUCUUGAGUUAGUAGUUUUGAUGAUCCGAAAGAAAAUACGAAAAUGACUCGCGCAAAUAACCGAACAUCAUCGUCUUCUUCGCGACGACUCUCCCGAUCGUUAGAGAAGGAACAGAAGCGUGCAAGCGUCUUAGCAGUAGUCGAUGCGCAAACCCGCGAACUGCAGCGUCGUGACCGGUUACUGUGGCACCUGCUUUCGAAAAGCAUGGACCCUCGAAACCGAGAGGUUGUGCGACAUGCCGUGAGGGAAGCUUGGAACGGCCAGGACGAUCGUGAUGACCAGGCGGACGGGGAGGUAGGGUCCUCCACCAGACAGCACAAGAAUAGAGGAAGUCAUGAUGCUCAUACUAGAAGUGCUUCAUCAUCAUCCUGCUCCCAGUCUUCACAGCAGGGACGAGAUGAUGGGCAUGAUGAGACGGAGAGUCACGAGGGCUUCGAAGUAGACUCUUUACUAUCAGAAUCCCUACAUGCUGAACAAACGGAAGAAUCUUGCUCUCCCAGAGGACAAGAACAUGACAAGGUCGAGAGAGACGACUGUCGAUCAGCCAAGCCUGCAUCAUUGAGCAGGCAUGAAGGAAGACUUCCCGAUAACAAGAAAUCCUCUCAAUGUCAAGACCGACAGCAUUCAUCAAGAACAUUCGGUCAGUUGUUUGAUUCGAUUUUGAAAGACGAAGGUCUCUUCGGAUGA